CUGAAGCGGUACAGAAACCGGUCAGCAAGAAACCAGUGAUGAUGUCUUCCCCGUGCAUGUGCUCUCACAAUUUCAUUCCUUGAGACGCAUCAUUUAAGACAAGGACGACUGCUGUUGUGUACAGGAGGCUUGGAAACGUGAUAGUCGACCUGUGGCUGCGUCCCAGACACCGUCCACAACCAGGCCAAUGCUCCAAGGCCUUUAUUUUCUGAAAACAAUGACUAACAAAAAAAGAAGAGGGAUAAAAGAGAUUCCCUUCACUGAUGCUUCUGCCAGCCAUGUGAUUUCCAUAUAUUUGGUGAUAAUGAAGAAAUAAACCACUUUACAGUUACUCAACCUUUACAAACUGUCUGAAAACCCCAAACGGGCCCUGAAAUCCAAACCCCAAGUUCUUUUUAAAAGGUGACUUUUGGCAGCGCAGGCCCUGCUCUUCCCACCCCCGCCAGCCGAAACAUAGACAUUCCACCCCUCGCCCCCAUUUGCUUUAUCAAAUGCCCAAAAACAGCAAGGCCGUCAAGAGAGAGCUUGACGACGAUGUCACAGAGUCUGUCAAAGACCUGCUUUCCAACGAGGACGCCUGCGACGAUUCCUUCAAGAAGAGCUCGCUGAUUGUCAACAACCAUGAAGGGGAAGGGAAGGAGUGCGACGUGGAGGAAGGGGGCUCAGACGGUGAGGAGGAGGAGCGCCCGGCCUGGAACAGCAAGCUCCAAUACAUCCUGGCCCAGGUUGGCUUCUCUGUAGGCCUGGGCAACGUAUGGAGGUUCCCCUACCUGUGCCAGAAGAACGGAGGGGGAGCGUACCUGGUGCCCUAUCUGAUCCUGCUCAUAUUGAUCGGUAUCCCGCUCUUCUUCCUGGAGCUUGCAGUGGGUCAGCGAAUCCGCAGGGGCAGCAUUGGGGUGUGGAACUACAUCAGCCCUCGGCUGGGGGGCAUUGGCUUUGCCAGCUGUGUGGUGUGCUUCUUCGUGGCUCUCUACUACAAUGUCAUCAUCAGCUGGAGUCUCUUCUACUUUUCCCAGUCCUUCCAGCAACCUCUGCCAUGGCAUGAAUGUCCACUUGUCAAGAACAAGACCAGUACAUAUGUGGUGCCAGAGUGUGAGAAGAGCUCAGCCACCACCUAUUACUGGUACCGCGAGGCCCUGGACAUCUCCAGCAACAUUUCUGAGAGUGGAGGACUCAACUGGAAGAUGACCGUGUGCCUACUGGCUGCCUGGUCCAUGGUUUGCCUUGCCAUGAUCAAGGGAAUUCAGUCUUCUGGGAAGGUGAUGUACUUCAGCUCCUUGUUUCCGUACGUUGUGCUGAUUUGCUUCUUGGCUCGGGCUCUGCUCCUCAAGGGCUCCAUCGACGGGAUUCGACAUAUGUUCACACCCAAGCUGGAGAUCAUGUUGGAGGCCAAAGUGUGGCGAGAGGCAGCCACGCAGGUUUUUUUCGCGCUGGGUCUCGGCUUUGGCGGUGUCAUCGCCUUUUCCAGUUACAACAAACGUGACAACAACUGCCACUUUGAUGCUGUUUUGGUGUCGUUCAUCAACUUCUUCACCUCCGUGCUGGCCACCUUGGUGGUGUUUGCUGUGCUGGGCUUCAAAGCCAACAUCAUGAACAGCAAAUGCGUUGCUCUGAACACUAAUAAGAUUGUGUCAUUGUUGGGGAAUGGCAUUGAUCAAAACCUUAUUCCUCAUCACAUAAACCUGACACAAGCUAGUCAGGUCACUGCAGAUGACUACCAACAGAUGAUAGAUGUCAUCAAAAGGGUGAAAGAAGACGAGUAUGAUAAACUGGGGCUGGAUUCCUGCAGCAUUGAAGACGAGCUUAAUAAGGCAGUCCAAGGCACAGGUUUGGCCUUCAUUGCCUUCACAGAAGCCAUGACUCACUUCCCAGCCUCACCCUUCUGGUCCGUCAUGUUCUUCCUCAUGCUGGUCAACCUUGGCCUCGGCAGCAUGUUCGGCACCAUCGAGGGCAUCCUCACUCCGUUGAUCGACACUUUUAAAGUCCGCAAGGAGUUCCUUACAGUGGGAUGCUGUGUGUUGGCCUUCUCCAUUGGUCUGCUGUUUGUCCAGCGCUCAGGGAACUACUUUGUUACCAUGUUUGAUGACUACUCGGCCACCCUGCCUCUGCUCAUCAUCGUCGUGCUGGAGAAUGUGGCAAUAGCUUGGUUCUAUGGGAUUGAUAAAUUCUUUGAAGACCUAAAGGACAUGCUGGGAUUUACUCCGUACCGCUUCUACUAUUACAUGUGGAAGUACAUCACGCCCAUCCUGCUGCUGGUCCUCCUGUGCUCUAGCUUCAUCCAGUUGGCCAUGACGCCGCCCAGCUACAGUGCCUGGAUUCAGGAAGAGGCCUUAGAGAAGACGCUCAACUUCCCCCUGUGGGGCAUUGUGGUCUGCAUCUCCCUGGUGGUGAUGGCCAUCAUGCCUGUGCCAGUGGUCUUUGGCCUGCGCUACUUCAACAUCAUCGACGAGAACACUAGCGGCCUCUCCUCUGUGUCCUACAAGAAGGGUCGCAUCAUCAAGGAGAGCGCCCACCCAGACGAGGCCGAUGACGCCAGCCUGAUCCAGGGCAAGUCUCCAAGCGAGGCGCCCUCACCGAUGCCAGGCAACAAUAUCUAUCGAAAGCAGAGUGGCAGUGGAGGCACUGAUGCGAACACUGCGCCCAACGGCCGUUACGGCAUCGGUUACCUGAUGGCCGACAUGCCAGAUAUGCCCGAGUCGGACUUAUAGACUGUCUAACCAUAAGCCCCGCCGGUCAUGUCAGUUGGCCGUCUCUCCCCUCCACCGCUCUGCGUGUUUAGUCAUCAUCGUAUGUUUCUUUUGCACUGUAUAUUCUUUGUAGAUACUGUAGCUGCUGUUAUUUGUCGUCUCUGAACCUUAUAUGACUGUAAACCUUAGAAGAAAAAAAGUUGGCUAUGCCCUAGACUCAUGUCUACCUCCCUCCAGCCUUUGUCACCUCCUCCUUGGAGAUCCUGCAGGUGAGCGCGGUCCACCGAGCCUAUUUGAGCAAGAAUCUGCAAAGAGGGGUCUGCAAAGGAACAGGUCAUGGUGUCAUAUAGUCUUCUUGGGGCUGCGUCCGUCGGCCGUGUUAAUCAAAUCCUACUGUGUGAAAUGUUUGUGCACAUUAUGAUCCUUUACAUUAACUACAGCCCGUACAAAACGUAGAGCUAAGGCGGUUUUCCACACAGACCAAUGUGUGGCGCAGCGCCACAAAAUCAACUCCAAGCACCUCAGAUUACACCCCGCCCCUCCUUGAUGCUGUCUUAAUUGUAAAAUCUGGAUAUCUUAAGAAACUUCUUUAUUAGUGUUAUUGGUGACCUGCAACCACUCAAUGUGAAUCAACCCAUGCAUCAAUGAUACAUGCACACACACUAUCAGCUGAUUCGCCCGCUCCUCCUCUCCACGCACAAUGCACGAGGCCUAUCAAAAUAAAACCCAAAGCAGCGGAAAUAUACUGUGCUCAAACACACCUGCCCAAAAACUAUUGUAACUCAGAAAAGACAAUGUUAGCCUUAUGAGCUAAACGUUAUUAAUAGUGAACAUUAUGCAUGUUCUGAUUGGCUUUUCUUUCCCAGUGCCGUCUCUCUGCACGUGUUGAGAAGGAAACUAGAAGGAUGUUGACGUGAAAUGGUUGCCCGUUUUAAUUAGGCAGCCUAUUGUUUGCAUUUAUUUUAUAUUAUUUUCUUUAUUAGGUGAGGUUUGCAGGAGCCACAGCUGUGAAAUCUGCUGGUUAAAUUACAGCCAGAUGGAUCAGGUUCAGAUAUCUAAUGGCAGUGAAACAGCAAGCUGGAACAAGUAAACCAUUGAUUUACCUUUUAGGAGCCAUGAAUGUGGUGAAGAGAAAUUAUGAACAGAUUCUGAAAUACAAAUCAGAGCAGGACCUGGUGGUUCACAGGUAAUAGAUUUAAAUGCAGGG